AUGCUCCGGCUCCUCCGCUUGCUGCUGCUGCUGCUCCUGCUGCCUCCCCCGGGGUCCCCCGAGCCCCCGGGCCUGGCCACGCUGUCCCCCGGGGCGCCCCCCCAGGCUCCCGACCUGCUCUACGCCGACGGGCUGCGCGCCUACUCGGCGGGGGCCUGGGCGCCGGCCGUGGCGCUGCUGCGGGAGGCGCUGCGGAGCCUCGACGAGCUGGGCCGCACGCGGCGGGACUGCGGGGUGCGCUGUGCGGCCGAGGCCGCGCUCCCCGACGCCCCGGGCCCCGACCCCCCGCCCGGCGCGGCCCCCGGGGCCUGGGAGCGGCUGCUGCUCCGCGCCGCGCUGCGCCGCGCCGAGUGCCUGAGCCAGUGCGCCGCGCGGAGGCUGGGGCCCGGGGGCGCGGCGCGGCUCCGCGUGGGGGGCGCCGUGCGGGACGCCUUCCGCCGCCGGGAGCCCUACAACUACCUGCAGAGGGCCUACUACCAGCUGAAGAAGCUGGACCUGGCAGCCGCUGCAGCUCACACCUUCUUUGUGGCAAACCCCACGCACCUGCAGAUGUGGGAGGACAUGGCUAAGUACAGACGCAUGUCUGGGGUUCGGCCGCAGAGCUUCCGGGACCUGGAGACGCCCCCACACUGGGCGGCCUAUGACUCCGGCCUAGAGCUCCUGGGGCGCCAGGAGGCAGCACUGGCCCUGCCCAGGCUGGAGGAGGCCCUGCAGGAGAGCCUGGCUCAGGUGGAGAGCUGCCGGGCUGGCUGCGAGGGGCCUGAGGAACUCCAGAGAGAGGAGGAGGAGGAGGAAGGACCCGGGAGCCAGGGGGGUCUCUAUGAGGCUAUUGCCGGGCACUGGAUUCGGGUCCUGCAGUGCCGGCAGCGCUGUGUGGAGGAGACAGCCACACGCCCUGGUCGAAGCUUCCCGGUCCCCGACUUCCUCCCCAGCCAGCUGAGGCGGCUGCAGGAGGCCCACGCUCAGGUGGGGAAUCUGUCCCAGGCUGUGGAAAAUGUCCUGAGUGUCCUGCUCUUUUAUCCGGAGGAUGAGGCUGCCAAGGAAGCUCUGAACCAGUACCAGACCCAGCUGGGGGAGCCGAGACCCGGCCUGGGGCCGAGAGAGGACAUCCAGCGCUUUGUCCUUCGGUCCCUGGGCGAGAAGAGGCAGCUCUACUAUGCCAUGGAGCACCUGGGGACCAGCUUCAAGGAUCCUGAUCCCUGGACUCCAGCAGCUUUCAUCCCUGAGUCACUGAGAGAAAAGCUCAGAGAGGAUCAAGAGCAGCGACCUUGGGACCAUGAGCCUCCACAGCCAAAGCCCUUGACUGACUGGAAGGAUGUCCUCCUCCUGGAGGGAGUAACCCUGACCCAGGAUGCAAGGCAGCUGAACGGGUCCGAGCGAGCGGUGCUGGACGGUCUGCUCACCCCAGCUGAGUGUGGGGUGCUGCUGCAGCUGGCCAAGGACGCAGCCGAGGCUGGAGCCAGGUCUGGCUAUCGGGGCCGCCGAUCCCCUCACACCGCCCAUGAGCACUUCGAGGGGCUCACGGUGCUGAAGGCGGCACAGCUGGCCCGGGCCGGGGCUGUGAGCACCCAGGGUGCUAAGCUGCUCCUGGAAGCGAGCGAGCGUGUGCGAACCCUGACGCAGGCCUACUUCUCCCCGGAGCGGCCCCUGCACCUCUCCUUCACGCACCUGGUGUGCCGCACGGCCGUCAAAGGGGAGCAGGAGCAGCGCAUGGACCUGAGUCACCCCGUGCAUGCCGACAACUGCGUUCUGGACCCCGACACGGGCGAGUGCUGGCGGGAGCCCCCAGCCUACACGUACCGGGACUACAGUGGACUCCUCUACCUCAACGAUGACUUCCAGGGCGGGGACCUGUUCUUCACAGAGCCCAACGCCCUCACCGUCAGGGCGCAGGUCCGUCCUCGCUGCGGACGCCUCGUGGCCUUCAGCUCCGGCGGGGAGAACCCCCACGGGGUGUGGGCCGUGACCCGGGGCCGGCGCUGCGCCCUCGCGCUGUGGCACACGUGGGCGCCCGAGCACAGGGAGCAGGAGUGGACAGAAGCCAAGGAGCUGCUUCAGGAGCCGGGAGAGAAGGAGGAGGAGGAGGAGGAGGGUGAUGAUGAGGAGGAAGACAUGCCCAGCAGAGACCCUGCUCCAGAACCCCCCGGCCGCAGGCCUCCGCGGGGCCAGGGCAAGACGGGGAAGCCGCCUCGGGUCCGAGAGGAACUGUGA